AUGGGGAAACUUCACUCCAAGCCGGCCGCCGUGUGCAAGCGCAGGGAGAGCCCGGAAGGUGACAGCUUCGCCGUGAGCGCCGCCUGGGCUCGGAGGGGCAUCGAGGAGUGGAUCGGGAGGCAGCGUUGCCCGGUCGGCGUAUCAGGACCCCGACAGCUGCGGUUGGCGGGCACCGUUGGCCGAGGCACCCGGGAGCUUGUGGGUGAAGUUUUCAGAGAAACUCUCAGCGAGGAGGAGGAGGAGGACUUUCGGCUGGAAGUGGCCCUGCCACCUGAGAAGACCGACGGACUGGGCAGUGGAGAUGAGAAGAGGAUGGAGAAGGCCGGUGAAUCUUGCCUGGGAUCCAAGAAGCAGCUGAAGUUCGACGAGCUGCAGUGCGAUGUGUCCGUGGAGGAGGACAGCCGGCAGGAGUGGACCUUCACCCUGUACGACUUUGACAACAAUGGCAAGGUCACCCGUGAGGACAUCACCAGCCUGCUGCACACCAUCUAUGAGGUGGUUGACUCCUCUGUUAACCACUCCCCAACGUCAAGCAAGACACUGCGGGUGAAGCUCACCGUGGCUCCCGACGGGAGCCAGAGCAAGAGGAAUGUCCUUCUCAACCACGCCGAUCUGCAGAGUACAAGGCCCAGAGCGGAGACCAAGCCUGCUGAGGAGCUACGAAGCUGGGAGAAGAAGCAGCGAGCCCCCCUUAGGUUCCAGGGUGACAGCCGCCUGGAGCACUCUGGCUGCUACCACCAUUGCGUGGAUGAGAACAUCGAGAGGAGAAACCACUACUUAGAUCUCGCCGGAAUAGAAAACUAUACGUCCCAGUUUGGGCCUGGCUCCCCUUCAGUGGCCCAGAAGUCAGAACUGCCCCCCCGCACCUCCAACCCCACUCGAUCUCGCUCCCAUGAGCCGGAAGCCAUCCACGUCCCACACCGAAAGCCCCAAGGCGCGGACCCAGGCUCCUUGCUCUUCCUUGACACCCCAACCGCCAAGGUCUCAGAGCUCCAGCAGCGGCUCCGGGGCACCCAGGACGGGAGCAAGCACUUUGUGAGGUCCCCCAAGGCCCAGGGCAAGAGUGUGGGUGUGGGUCACGUGGCCAGAGGGGCAAGAGGCAAGCCCCCUCUGGGACCCACCGUCCCUGCAGUGUCCCCCUCCACCCACCUGGCCUCCAGCCCAGUCCUCCUCCCCACCCUGGCACCCCUCGGGCACAAGAAGCACAAGCACCGAGCCAAGGAGAGCCAGCAGGGCUGCCGGGGCCUGCAGGCACCGCUGGCUGCAGGCGGCGCCGUCUUGGGGCGGGAGCAGGUGAGGGAGCUGCCUGCCGUGGUGGUGUACGAGAGCCAGGCCGGGCAGGCGGUCCAGAGACACGAGCACCACCACCACCAUGAACAUCACCACCAUUACCACCACUUCUACCAGACAUAG